AGUCGAGAUGAACAAAUUGGAUGCUGCCACGUCAAACUAAGGUAAGUUAAGAAAGCACCAUUCGGUAAGAAUACAUUUUAGUUCACUUGGUACAGUUUUGAAGGUGCAUCAUCACCAAUGGGGGACGCCAACUUCGCCUUCUUCCUUCUCUUUCUCCUUCCCGCGUUUCUUCUGGCGCUACUCUACUUCCUCGUUCGUCCGCGUCCAGUGAAGAUCCCCAUCAAGAACCGGCACGUGUUCAUCACCGGCGGAUCGAGCGGCAUCGGGCUGGCACUGGCGCACCGCGCCGCGGCGGAGGGCGCGCGCGUCUCCAUUCUCGCGCGGUCGCCGGAGAAGCUGGAGGAGGCUCGCAACGCGAUCCGCCUCGCCACGGGGAUCGAGGUGGCUGCGUUCGCGGCGGACGUGCGGGACUUCGAUGCGGUGAAGCGCGCGGUGGACGAUGCUGGCCCCAUCGACGUGCUGCUCCUGAACCACGGCGUGUUCGUGGCGCUGGAGCUGGAGAAGAUGGAAUUGAGUGACGUCAAGUUCACCAUGGACGUCAAUCUCAUGGGAACGUUGAAUCUCAUCAAGGCCGCGCUGCCCGCAAUGAAGAACCGCAACGAUCCGCUGCCCGCUUCCAUUGCUCUUGUUUCCUCGCAGGCCGGUCAGGUGGGAAUUUAUGGUUAUGUAGCUUAUUCGGCAAGUAAAUUUGGCCUUCGUGGUUUAGCAGAAGCAUUGCAACAAGAGGUUAUAGCAGAUAAUAUUCAUGUUUCUCUGAUUUUCCCUCCAGAUACGGAUACUCCUGGAUUAGCAGAAGAAAACAAGAGAAAACCAGAGCUCACCAAAAUCAUUGCAGCCUCCUCUGGUUCUAUGAAAGCUGAUGAAGUUGCUCAGAAAGCUUUGGAUGGUAUAAAAUGUGGCAAUUUUAUUGUUUCUUGCAAUUUCGAGGGAAUUGCACUAUCUCUAGCAACUGCAGGUUUAUCCCCUCAGAGAUCUUUCUUAAUGGCAUUUCUUGAGGUUGUUGCUGCUGGAAUCCUACGGAUUGUUGCACUAGGUAUGCAGUGGACUUGGUAUGGAAGCAUAGAGAAAUAUCACAGCCAAAGGAAGGGUUCAUCCCGAAGGAGCUGAAACACUGAGUUCUGUGCCCUUCUUUUAGGAGAGUUAUAUGCAGAUAUUGGGUUGCGGCUUUCUUCCACCCUGUUCUACAAUGUGAUUGAUAUAGGGAAAUUCAAAUACUCGUUAAGAAAUGAGAACUCGAUAAACAUCAAGUAGUUCUAGUGUCUUGUUUCUGAUUUUCAUCCUUAGUACUUGAUAGAGACUGAACAAUGAAAAUAUGGCAUAUCUCGUUUUUAAUCACAUUUUUGUUAGGCAAAUGUAUGAUUAGCUACUUUGUAUCCUAUAUUUUGAACUACUCAUUUUCCGCAGUCCUAGUUUUAACUGUAUCAAGUUGACCUUAUAAUUGUUUUCUGAUAGUAGAAAGGAUUUGCUUCCUGGUUCUUUAAA